AAUCCAACAAGUUUGAUGAAAAAAACUAAAGUGUUCUAUUGUAGUAUUCACACAACUUUGAUUGUUUCGCAGCAGAGACCAAAAAAAAAAAAUCUGGUCUGCUUUCUCCAUGAUCAGUGUGUGACUACUCAAGUCAAGGAAUUCACAGUUAAAAGACAAACUCGUUUAACAAAUAUGUAGUUACUGCAUGUGUUUUUUUGUUUAAUGGAUUUUAAAAACCCUGAAAUACAAUGUUAUUCUUGAACUUAUUAAACCAAAUAUGCUUUUAAAUACAAUAUUAGGCUUUGUGACUAUUUUUUUAAUGUCUACAUACUGUUAAAGAUAGAUUCUGUUGCAAGAAAUGUGAUGCUAGUCUAAAAAAAGAAAAUAUGCCAGUGAUGAGGAGUGAUGUAAAAAAUACAAUAUAAAACUACAAAUAUAAACUACAGGUUUUGCUUGUGGCUGAUAGUGACAGUGUUUCUAACACUCCAAUAAUGAGUGUGUAUGAGAAGCCAUUUUAAUCAGGCAUUGACUUUUUUUGUAGUAUCUUUACAACAUCCUAAUGCAUGUGGUUGGUUGCGGGCCUCUUCUGUGUUCUUCAUUUCAUCCCAAACCAAAUGCUGUCAUGGGUAUGAGUAAAUCAGUAUUAUAUGGCCUGUGAACUUAAGUUGUGACAGGGAGGCCAUUGUCCAGUGCUUUUCUUGUGUCUUUCUGUCCAAUUUCCCUUGUGUUACAAUCAUAACUUUCAUUUCCUGCUAAUCAGUCUGUGUUGUACUGAGAUACAACAGUGCAGACCUCUUUUCUUGGUUGUUAAGUUACACACUCUAUCCUUAAUAUAAUUCUUAUCCUAGUAAACUACUUAAUUAACAUAAAUACCAAAAUAUCAUACGAUCAUCUUGACCCAACUUAUCAAUGCCAAGCAUGUCAAAAAUUUCAGUCAGGCCAUUAUUAUACUCCAUAUACAUUUACAUACUCUAUACUAUUUAAAUAAUACAACAACAUAAAAGCCACAGAACUAAUGUAAAAAACAAAAACAAAAAAAAUAAACAGCUAAUUUUGCAUAAUUCACUAUAUUUUGUUUUUUUAAUGUGCUGGAAAGUGGUUUCACCAAAAAAUUAUGCUGACUGCACAUUUUUUACCUUUGCUGCUCUGAUCACCCAUAUAGGAUGAUUCAUUGGUGCACUAUUUUUUAUAUCACAUUUCUGUAAUCGUAAAUUCAGCAGUUUUUAUGUCACAUGGGUCUACAGGAUAUUCUUACUGGUUGCAUACAGGAAAUGCACAUCCUGUCUAAAAACAAAAUGUUAAAAACAGGUUUGAGCAAAGCAAACACCUUGAGCAAAGCAAACACCUUUAAAACAAUAUUGAGACCUUCUCUUCAGGCCCAGCAUCAUGCACAUCUGCAGGAAAAUAACUUCGAUGCUGAUGGUUCUUGUGUGUCAGUGUGUUACUGAGCAGCAGCAAGACAAUUCUGCAUCAAAAUUUUGUCUACAUCUGCCAUCUGAAGAACAGAUGAGUACUGUUCAGCCAACUACAGUGAACAGUAUGGUCAGCUGCUGUAUGCAGGUGUUGAAGGCAAGAAUUCCUCCUGAAAUAAAGCUUACAGGAUUCAAGAGGCAGUAUGCUUUUACUCCAUGUGUUGAUGCCAUUGUAUUUUACACAGAGAAGCAACAAUUCUGCUCUGAUCCUCAAGCAGACUGGAUAACACAACGAUUGGAGGAGUUGGUGUUGGAGUCACUCAAAACACUGAACUCAACGGCACCCGAGGAGCCCAAUACUUUAGUUAGCUAAAGUAUGUGCUUUAGUCUUGGUCACAAUUGUAACCUCUUGGAAACUACAGAGUCAAACUGUUCAAUUCUUAAUAAGAUCCAGUAGGAAGUUGCAAACAAUAAAGUGACAUAUUUUUGUUUUGUUUUUUAACUAACAUACAAUUGUGGGGAAAAUGAUAAAAUGAUAAACCAAGAAUAACUGCACAUUUCUUUUUAAUUUGACUUGGUUUCAUUUAUUGUAACAAUGUCUUGAAAUGAGACUCAAUUGCUGCAUCCAAAGCCGUGUACUGUCACAGUAUGUACCGUAUUUGAUGAAGGACGCACUUAUCUGCCAGCAAAACACUAACUUUUUUAGGUAUGCAUACAAGUAGUAUGAACAGAUUUCGGACAUACUUCAUCCAGGUACGUGGGCAUUGUCUCGUGACCCGAAUAUUUGAUGUAAGAACAACAACCGCAAAAAUGAUCUGCUUUGUUAAACAAGCACCAUUUAAGCACAAGGAACAAUUAUCUUGUAAUAUAUAUAGCACUUACAGUUGAGAAGAGCCAUCUGGCUCGCAAUUCACCGCCAUUCCUUUAAAUCCAGCGUUUUGACAGUUGAAAGCUAUUUGGUUCAUUAAAUGAAGCUUAACAUUGUCUUUGUGUUUGUUUUUGAGUUGCCACAGUAUGCAAUAGACUGGCAUGUCUUAAGGUCAAAAAUAGCAAAAAAGAAACAGCUUUCUCUAGAAACUCAUCUGUCAAUCAUUGUUUUGAGGAAUGAAGGCUAUACAAUGCUUGAAAUUGCCAAAAAAAAAAACUAAAGAUUUCAUACAAAGGUGUACACUACAGUCUUCAAAGACAAAGGACAACUGGCUCUAACAAGGACAGAAAGAGAUGUGGAAGGCCCAGAUGUACAACUAAACAAGAGGAUAAACAUCAGGAUCUCUAGUUUGAGAAAUAGAUGCCUCACAUGUCCUCAGAUGACAGCUUCAUUGAAUUAUACCCGCUCAACACCAUUUUCAUGUGCAACAGUAAAGAGAAGACUCAGGGGUGCAGGCCUUAUGGCAAGAAUUGCAAAGAAAAAGCCACUUUUGAAACAGAAAAAAAAAAAAAGAAAAAGGUUAGAGUGGGCAAAGAAACACAGACAUUGGACAACAGAUAAUUGGAAAAGAGUGUUAUGGAUCUUAACCCAAUUGAGCUUUUGUGGGACCGGCUAGACUGUAAGGUGCGUAAGAAGUGCCCGACAAGACAGCCACAUCUAUGGCAAGUGCUAUAGGAAGCGUGGGGUGAAAUGUCACCUGAGUAUCUGGACAAACUGACAGCUAGAAUGCCAAGGAUCUGCAAAGCUGUCAAUGCUGCACAUGGAGGAUUUUUUGAUGAGAACCCUUUUGAAGUAGUUUAAGAAGUUCUGAAAAUAAAAUUACAAUUGUAAUAGUAAUUUACACGUUAUUAAUGUCCUGACUAUACAUUGUGAUCAGCUGAAUGCUACUUUGGUGAAUAAAAGUACCAAUUUCUUUCCAUAACAUCAAAAUCUGUCCAUUAUUCAAAAUUUUGGCCGCCAGUGUGUGUAUAUAUACACUACUGGUCAUAUGUUUUGAAACACUUGACUGAAAUGUUUCUCAUGAUCUUAAAAAUCUUUUGAUCUGAAGGUGUAUGCUUAAAUGUUUGAAAUUAGUUUUGUAGACAAAAAUAUAUUUGUGCCACCAUAUUAAUUUAUUUC